AUGGCGCUGCGCCCGUCCUCGCUCCUUUUCUUCCAGCUGCUGCUGCCAUUUUUCACUUGGCGGUGGUCACUCUAUCUCCUACUCAGUCUGGACGGCGUCGUCAGGGUCGCCCUCCUGGGAUUCGGGCGGCCGUUAUCGCCUGUGUGCGCCGUGCCGGCAUGCGUCUUCGACCUGCGGAUUCUUCGUCCGCCGUGGCAGUCACUCCUGGGCGUGGUUAGUUGGCUGAGAUUGAUUUACACCGGCGUUCUUGCUCCGCUUUUUGACGGCCGCUUCGCUCUCGCCGGUCUGGUGGGCAGCGUUCCGACUCGGGGCAGUUUGUUGAUGGAGAUAUUAAUAGCCGUCCUCGAAGAGAUUUCGCUAGGGAAGCGGCCUGUUGAUUGUACUAUUGGUUCUGCCAUUGCUGUUGGUUCUUCUUCUUCGUUUGAUGGGUUUGUGUCUGCUGUUCGGCCUGUCAGUGUUCGAACUAAUUCCUUGGUCGUGGAGGUGGCUGACAGAUCAAACAGUCGUUCUUCUAAUUUUCCUGCCGGUGUUCAUCUUGAUGGCUAUUUAGUCGGUGCUCCAUCUGUGCUCAACCGUCCAAGAGUGGUGCCUUUGCGUGCGGCUGGUGCCUUUGGUCGGCCUACUCCUCCUCUUGCUACUUCUAGGGGGGUCGUACUAUGGCGGUCCGGAUUUGUGUUGCCAGAAGUGCGGGGCUUUCUUUUGGUUUUGUGAAGGAUUUGUACACCAUGCUGAUGCAACUUCUCACUCUCUUGUUUACACGGGAUGUUGUCGGGCGGGCAGGAUUUCGUUGCCGAAAUUUGGUGAUUGGCCUGCUCCAUUGGACAUGCUGAUGCAUUUUGAUGGGGAUGCGGUUUCCUCCCGGUUCAUGCGAUUAAUACGCCAGUAUAAUUCCAUGCUUUGUUUUACAUCGUUGGGUGCACAGGUUGAUCGUAGUAUCAAUGUUGGAGGUGCUACGUACGUUUUCAAGAUGAAUGGGGUGGUCUACCAUCGUAUUGGUUGGUUCGAUGUUGCCGGCCGAGGGUGCAGCUCCCAAAUUUGCGCAACUAUACAUGGUGGAUUCAGCCGAUGAGUUGGACUGUAGGCUGAAUGUGUUUGAUAGAGAAGAAACUGCCUCGCUUGAGCCUGAUCAUGAGAUUGUUUCUUCAUUGAUAAACGUGCUCAAUGCACACCACAGUUUGGUGCACAAGUUUAGAAUUGCUCGACAGAGUCUUUGUAUUCCUGGUGUUUCUACGGUUUCGAUUCAUUUUUUGGGCGAUGAUGGCGGUGCCCAUGGUUUUCUGGCCCUACUGCUUCCGAGGUUGUUGCUCUUAUUGUUGGUAAUCUCACACCUGAAUGCAGAAGAUUUGACGUGAUUGCCGAGACGCGGUCUGGUUCAUUGAAACAUAUAUCUUCACUUAAUUGCAAUCUUAUGGCUCUUCAAUAUCCUUUACUUUUUCCAUAUGGUGAUAAGAGUUAUCACCGUGGUAUUAGAUAUGUUCAUGCUAAUGGUUCUUUGGCCACAUCUGAUGCAAAUGUGCAAGCUGAAAGAUAUAUGGACAACCAAGAUUCUGACGAUGAUGCCGACUGUGAUUCCGAGGAUGUGGAUGCUUCUCGUGGACAGGUUACCAUGUUGGAGUAUUAUAAGUACUAUGCUCACUAUCGUGAAGGUGAGGUCAAUCCUUACACAAGUUGUGGCCAGCUGAGUCAGCAGAUUGCCGUUAAUGCUUACUCUUGCAUAGAGGCUGAUCGUCUAGAGUACCAUUUCUGUAAGCAAGAUAAUCUUCGAUCUGAGACCUACCAGGGCAUAUCUGACGCUUUGGGUGAAGGUAAUUCAACUAGCAAGAAUAUCGGUGUGUAGUUUAUACUGCAUUGCAGCUUUACGGGCGGUCCACGGUAUAUGCUUUUGAAUUAUCAUGACGGGAUGGCCAUCUGUCGACAGUAUGGUGCACCUGACCUAUUUAUUACUUUUACAUGUAAUCCUAGGUGACAAGAGAUUGCGGAUGCUCUUGCUGUCGAACCUGGCCAGACUACUGCUGACCGGCCUGAUAUUACUACUCGAGUAUUUAGUAUGAAAUUUAAGGAAUUUCUUGAUGUAGUUAAAUAUGGUACUUUUUUCGGUGUUGUUCAAGCAUGUAAGAUGGUUUUCCCCUUUUUUUGCCGCACGAUAAGUUGCUUGUUGUACCUAUUGUUAACUUAUUCCAUUCUGUUUUUCAUAUAUGCAGAUUUGUAUCUCGUGGAGUUCCAGAAGAGAGGUUCGCCAAAUACUCACACAUUGGUGUGGUUGAAAGCAGAUACCAAGGACCCUUCUCCUUCGUUUAUAGAUAGACUUAUGUCUGCGGAGCUGCUGGAUCCUUUAGUUGACCCUUUAGGUUAUGCUCUUGUUGAUGAAUUCAUGGUACAUGGGCCUUGCGGGGCGUACAAUGCUAAGUGUGCUUGCAUGAAGAAUAAUUGUUGUUCCAAGCGUUUUCCUAAGCCAUUGAGUGACGACACAGUGGUUGACCAUGUUGGAUAUCCAUUUUACCGUCGACGUGACACUGGAUUGUAUGUGCUCAGGAAAAAAGACCCGCUCCUUCCAUACAAUAUGAAUUUGCUGAAGAAAUUUGACGCCCAUAUAAAUGUGGAGUGGUGCAAUAAGACGAACUUGUUAAAAUAUUUGUUCAAAUACCUCACGAAGGGUCAUGAUGUAGUUCGUAUGCGUUUCCACGCCGAAGA